AUGGCCUCCUCACGUUCCCUCUCAAUCUCCUCCGCAGACCGCGCCCUCCUCCACGAACCUUACAAUCUUCUGUACAAUCCCUUCCACCGCAAACCGGUUCUCGUCCACCAAAGCAACGAUACCAGGCCUCCAGCCUUCUCCCAGCGACCCUUUCUGGGACCUCUCCUCUUCGACAACAACGAUUCCGAUGCCCGUGACCAUUGUGCUGCAGAACGGACUUUUCUGUCAUGGUUACGUUUAUCAAUUUAUAUGGCUGUGGUUUCUGUGGCGAUCCUAAUCAGUUUCCAUCUCAAACACCAGCCGACGGAGCUGGAAAGAAAGGUGGCCUUGCCUUUCGGAAUUGUGUUUUGGCUGCUUGCGCUUGGUUGCAUGGGAAGUGGUCUGAAUAAUUAUGUCAAGACCGUGAACCGGUACAGUCGACGACAGGCGCUCGUGCAAAGUGGAUGGGGAACGCAGGUUGUGUUUACUGUCGUGGCUGUUGCGAUUGUGGCGGCUUGCGUCUUAUUUCUGAGUACGCAGGCUCAGGUGCAAAAGUGA